UUAAACCAUCAUAAAACCCAAAUAAAAGUGUAAGAUUUCCAUUCGAUGUUUUGAACUUUCGAUGUUCAUGGCUUGAACCCCCUUCGAUAAUUGAAUGUAAACAAUACGAAGAAGAAAAGAUACAGUGUAGCACAGUUAUGUGGUGCUUAAAAGCAACAGCAAUAAACAGGUUCGCUCUCUUUUGCUUGACAACCAUCUAGACAUCAAGACGUGUUAUUUUUUAUUAAAAGAAGAAACUUUCAGUGUCGACGAGGUGAAAUAAGUUAGUCUCGGUUUUAGAAGUGAGCUGUGAGCGGGUUGAAAAGACGGUGACGGUGAAAUUCGGCUGGUUGUGUUGCGCUGUGUGCUGUUGGAGAAACGCCUACGGAGGUGGAAAGCCCAAGCGGAGCAGAAGUGAUCCCGUUCAAGGUCAGCAGGGCUGGUAGCAACCUGAUUCAAUAGUAUUUUUUUUGCCGGUCGAUUGUGACGCCAUCGCCGAGUGUUCAGCGCUAUUGAAGCGACACGUAUCCCAGCGGCUGUGAAAAUCAGGAGUGUGUGCCGUGCUACCGGUGCGAUAGUGUACUAGCCACGUAGAAGCGAUAACCAGGGAUCGCUGGUUCCCCGCCGGUGCAUUACUUGAGCUCGAGCACAACCGGUGCUGCAGGAAUAAACUUGGGCGGAUUACAUCGGACAGCGAAGCGAAUCAGGAACCUGAAAACGUAGUCUCGUAGCAACUGAUAAGGUAGGAUUUUUUUUCUAUUUAGACCUUUUUGCAUUGUGUUCUUUUGUUGAGAUAGUUUCAUUGUAACAGAGAUGGCGCUGAUUGGAUCGGUUGAGCCCUAUGUCCCCAAUACGUCCUUUUCCAAUUAUGUGGAGCAUUUUGAGUACUUUUUUUCGGCGAACAAUUUGGCAGAAGAUAAGAAGAAGGAUUUGUUCAUGAAUUUGUGCGGUAUGACGGUUUUUAACGAAUUGAAAUUACUCUAUCCUGCAACCGAUUUAAAAACAUUGAGCUACGCGGAUAUAACGAAAAAACUGAAAGAGCGCUUCGACAGGGUAGAAUCGGAAGUAGUGUUGCGAUAUAAGUUUCGAUGUCGAAUGCAAAGCCCAACGGAGUCUGGUGAAAAUUAUAUUUUAGCGGUUAAAUUGCUUGCUGAGCAGUGUGAUUUUGGGGAGUUUCGCGAUUCUGCAAUCCGAGACCAAUUGAUUUAUGGCAUUUACGACAAAGAUUUACAGCGACAGCUUUUGAAUGAGGACAAUUUACUGCUUAAAACGGCGGAGAAGCUUAUUAAAAACCGUGACCUGGUAUCUGCUAGAGCAAUGGCGAUUAAUCCUGAUAAUGUGAAUUCCGUUAGGUUCAGAUUAGGCCGCCGCGAUACUAGGUAUGAGAGGCGGUUUGACGCGUAUAAUAGAAGUGAUAGGUCGCGAAGCAGGAAUAGAGAUCGUUACGCCAGGAAUGAGGAAAGGACUUACCAUGGACGUUCAGAUGUGGCACGAAGAUUUCCUGGUAAAGGAAGAUAUGCUAAUUUUACGUGUUUCUUUUGUAACCAAAAAGGACAUGUACAGAAAAACUGUUAUCGCUUCAAAAAUAGCCAAAAGACCACGGUGAAUUUCGUCAAGGAGUCGGAUCAGGAUACGGAUUCGGAAAACGUUCACGAUUAUUUCAAGCGAUUAAGGGUUGAAUACGAUACUGAAAACGAGUCAGCAGAUAUCGUUGGGGAGCCAUCUGAUCUCGGCUCACAAGGGGCAGAUUAGAUUGGCCGGCCAGGAAGGACGUCGGCGUAAGGUCGUGCUUCGGAGGAUGGAGACGGAUGGUAGGCGCGGCACGAAAAGGCAACGAACGAAUUCUGAUGAUGAGCCACCCUGUUUAGGGCUUUCACCACCGCCGGCCCGAGAUGAAGUACAUCCUCGAGCACUACGUUUGGACCGACCGCCCGAAAAGCGAAGAGCUGCCCCAGGAAUGGCUAGAAGCGAAGAUGAACUCAGGCGAUCAUCUCGCAUUCGGAAGAAGAACAGUGAUGAAAUAUUUAUGUAUUACUAGUGGAAGUGUGAUUUCGAACAAUACGAUUUUGGUAAUAUUUAAUGAAGUACAAUUAACCGAUAACAGUGAAUUCAGAGCUAGAUUAGUAAGGAGAACUCGUUAACAUGUUCAAAUUAAGACUAACCAGUAGUUUAAUUUAAAAUUCAACGAUUUUCGAAAUUGUUACUAAAAGGGGAAGAUAUUGUAAGAUUUCCAUUCGAUGUUUUGAACUUUCGAUGUUCAUGGCUUGAACCCCCUUCGAUAAUUGAAUGUAAACAAUACGAAGAAGAAAAGAUACAGUGUGGCACAGUUAUGUGGUGCUUAAAAGCAACAGCAAUAAACAGGUUCGCUCUCUUUUGCUUGACAACCAUCUAGACAUCAAGACGUGUUAUUUUUUAUUAAAAGAAGAAACUUUCAAAAAGAUGUCAGGUUUUAUGACAGUUCUCAAUACCUGUACAAAGGUACAAA